GGUGACACUGUUCGGUUUCGAUACUUCAUAAUCACACCGAUAUCGUUGGGAACACAAACCCGAUUGAAACCUUAUCAGCGCGACAAACACAUAACCCGGCGAAUCUUAUCGCGAAGAGCUUCCCAAACAACGUUAAAAAGUGAAUCAGUUGUGGGAAGAAAGUGGAGCGAUGAAGGGCUUGAUUUUGCUCCCGUUGUUCCUCUUUUUGGGCAGUUUGUGCCCCUCGGAGGCGGCAAAUAUCCUGUGCCUGGUGAGCACCGCGAAGCACAAUAAUCCCGGUUGGUCGAAGCCCCUCUUUGAUGCCCUGGUGGCCAAAGGUCAUACAUUGCUGGUGAUUAGUACCGCUCCCAAUCCGGAGCCAAAGAAGCAGGUGGAUGGUCUGUUGUACUACCACCUGCCCAACGAUUACGAUGUGAUGAAGAAGCACUUCAUCCGCGAGGACACCAAGGAGUACCAGGAGAUGGUGACCCUCAAGCAGCUGCUGGUGUGGUACGAGGUCCUUUUGGGCAGCUGUCGUGCCGUCCUCAACUCGAAUGCCAUGAAUAGCAUGAUGCCCGAGUUGACCGCCCAACUGGCCGUGGACUUUGAUCUGAUAAUCACCGACAUCACCCACGGAAUAGAGUGUCUGAUGGACGCGGUUCCCAUAUGGCGUUCCAAACCGAUUCUCGGGCUGAGUGCCGGCAAACUCACCCCGGAUCUGAUCUCCCUGAUUCAGGCGGAGAACACGAUUAACCCGGCCAGGACACCACAUUAUAUCAGCCAAGUGCCCAAGAAGAUGGGCUUCUGGAAUCGCCUACACAAUCACAUUAUGUUCUAUGCAGAGCCACUCAUUCGCUUCGUGAUCGUUCGGCCAGUGCUCAAUGGCCUGGUGACCAACGAAAAUGCCUUUCCCACUUUACAACUGGUACUGCUUAACACACAUCCAACCUUGGACUACGUUCAAAAUCUUCCACCAGGCGUAAUCGAAGUGGGUGGUCUCCACAUCAAAAGCAAGGUCGAUCCUCUGCCCACUUAUAUACAGGAAUUCACUGAGAAAUUCAGCGAUGGCAUUGUAUACAUAAACAUGCCCUAUAUUGAGUAUAUGAAUGGCCAGGGAAUUAAGGCUGUAACCGAGAUGAUACUUAACAAUCCCAACUGUGGGUUCAUUUGGAAUGUGGAGCAGCUGGAGCAGAUCCCAGCCGAUAUUUCUAAUUUAAUAACACUUCAUGUGGAUCAGUCACUGCAGCAGGAUAUAUUAGGUUUGUCAUCUCUAAAGGGCUUCCUGAACCAUGGUGAUAGUUUCAGUCUGCAGGAGGCUGUUCAUAAUGGUGUGCCCGUGGUUGUGCUACCCCUCAAACUGGAGGAGUUUAAUAAUGCCCAGCGAGUAUUGGAACGCAAGUUAGGAGUGGUGGUUCAGGCCAGCGGAUUCAAUAAGAAGUCCCUGGCUAUCGCUCUAAAGCAAGUCCUGAAUGAUGAAUCAAUCAGCAGUGCCCUCUACCAGGCUCAGUUGAAAUUCCGGACCCGUCCGCAAUCCCCUCUAGAAUUGGCAGUAUGGCAUGCCGAACAACUGAUCGCCGAACCUCGCUUCUACAAGGAUUUUGCCCAGACUGAGGCCCUAGCCCAGAACUUCAUUGUGGCCCAUUCCGUGGAUGUGAUUGUGAUUCCAGUCCUUAUCAUCCUGGCUGUGGCCGUAAACGUAGGUCACUUGGUCAUAGUCCUAUUCACCAGGGGGUCCAAGGGUCAGCAGGAUCCUAUUCUGGAUGAGGAAUCCAAAAGUGAGGUGCCUAAAAAGCGCAAAAAGCUAAAGAAAAUUUCCAAGAGUUGCGCACCAACGAAUAUUACACUUAAAGAAUCUGCCACCGAUUCGGUUAAAGAUUUAAAAGAUGAGAUAUUCGAAAGGGAGAAGGAGCUUCUACUCCAAGAGGAAGAAAAGCCUUCGCUGGAGAAAAAAUAUGACUAAUCAAAUUGCUUUAUAUUCUCACUAUUUCCAUGUAGAACACAAUGCCAAAGAAAGACUGCCAAUAAAUAAAAUUAAACAAUCUU